AUGAAUAGACUAUUGAUUACAGAAUUAGGAGAUACUAUGAGAACAGAAAUGAAAAGAGAUAUGACUAAAACUAUUAAAUCUAAUAGAACUAUUCUAAAAACUUAAUUCCCAGAAAUAAAGAAUAACUUUGGUAGUUCUGCUCUUUUUAUGGAGAUUGAUAAAACAUAGAAUCCACUCUAUUAAAAAAGUCUUUCUGAUUAAGCUCUUUUAAAUCUAUCUAAGGUUGCCAAUCUUUCUUUGUUUGGACCAAAAAAUAGAUAGAGUUUAGAAAAUCACUUAAGAGAGGAUCUAUUAAUCAAGAAGUAGAAGGAUUAUUUGAAUAUAUGUUUAGAUAAGUAAGUCGAGAAAAUUCUUGAUGAUAAGAGUAUUUAAAUAUAAAUAAUAAUUAGAUUUGAUGAGUAAAAGGAAAAGAUAGUUACUGAACGAGUUGAAGAGAUUAGAGGCUAAAGAGAAAUAGAAACAGUUUCAUCAUUUUCCUACUGAAUAAUCAUAAUUUAGUUCCAUAAUUGAAGAUACUGAUAGGGAGAAUAAAUUAAUGUCAAUAGUGAAUGCUGAGGGUAAGUUAUUGUAAUUGAAGAGAAGAUAUGAAAAAAAAUAAUAAGAGGAAUAAAAAAUGAAGGAAUAGGUAAAAAUGAAUUAUUGCAAAUUUAAAGACAAUUAAAUUAUGCAUAUAGAGGCUUUAUAAAUAAUGGAUCAUGAAAAAAUGGAGAAUGAUGUAAAGGAUAUUUUCAUGAAUAAGGAUUUAUCUGAAACGAGAUUCAUUGAAAGAUUGAAUGAGAAACAUUUGAAAGAGAAAGUUUAAAUUUGGAAAUAACAUCACUUUCCUUAACAACAUAGGAAAUGGUUAUCAAAAUGA